AUAUAAAAAAAAGAGUGACAAUAAGGCAAUUAACAAGAAUGGUGCAGACAGACACUCAGCCAAUCCUUCGUCUUCCCCUUACAGAGGCCGUGGCAUCAGUACACCCCGGGCGGGAGGUGUUCUUGAAGGAGGGUAGCCGUGUGGUGCUGGUGUGUGAAGUGAGAGGCUGUCCUUAUCCGGCUCUCCCCGCCUGGUACAGGGGACGACAGGUCCAACAAGGCAGUGAAGUAUAUGAAGGGAACAUCCAAGCUGAUACCAUCUCAACCACUACUACCACCACUACCACUACCACCACUACCACCACUACCACCACCACCACCCCAUAUCCACGACACUAUCACAUCCAUACUACCAUACCAACCAAACACCAUCAUCAUCACCACCACCAUCACACAACUGAGGAUGAUGGAUUAGUUGGCGGUCUUACCACCUCCCCGCCCACGACUACGCCCACGCCUAUUGGUUUGCCCAUAGCUAGAGCCACCCUCACACGCCCACGAGCUUCGACCGCCCAUUCAGGUGUUUAUACCUGUACUAACACCUGUACUCAAGCCCUUAACCUAACCCUCCAUGUGUUGAUAGGAGAUGAAGAGACCGCAGCUAUGCAACACCUGAGCGGGUCGUUGAGUCUCCACAUGUCCCUCGGUGGUGCCAGCGUGGUGAUGGCAGCCGUGACGUCAUUAAUCUGGCGAGAGAUGAUGUCCUGAAAUGAUAAACAGACAGACAGAUAUAUACUAUAAGUAGGUUGACAGACAGAUAGACACGUAAAUAUAUAUAUAUAUAUAGAGAGAGAGACAGAAGGAGACAGACUCACAAAUAGUAUAUUCCUACUACUGUUUUUAUACACUGCUCAUACUAUGGCAACAAAAAUACUGCACAAACUUGUAUAUUAUAUCCCCCUACCAAAAGACCUGUGUUAUGUAGAGAUCACAGCUUUGUAGUGUUUUCUGUCCAGUGUAAACAAACAAAUAAACCAAAAAUAUAUGUUUUAUUAAGCGUAGUUAAUACGGUGUUUGUCUGUAUAGUUAUUUUGGAGGGAGAAUUUGGAGCUCUUAUUUGGUUCCUGGCUUGCUAUUGGUCGUGACGUCAUCGUGUGGUUUAUGACGCCAUGUGGUGUUGGUCAUGACGUCAUGCUUAAGACUUCACCUCAUUGGUCAUGACGUCACGCCAAACGCCAUGACAUGGCUUUCUUGACUAUGACGUCACACUAGAGAGCAUUACGUCACGGUCUAAAUGUAAACAAACGUAAUGGUAUGAAAGGGAAAAUAUAUUAAACUUACGAGAAUUUUAAAGAAAGUUAAGAAAAAAUAAGGUGACAUUUUACCUGUUAUCUGAGACUGUGUUGUGAGGUGACCUAAUUUAUGUACUGUGGACGUUUUAUCUCCACACAAACGCACAUGAGCAUAUUCUAACUCAUGCGUACACACAUGCAUAUACACACAGUUACAUACAUACAUACAUACAUACAUACAUACAUACAUACAUACAUACAUACAUACAUACAUACAUACAUACAUACAA